AUUGAUUACACCCGCUGGCAGCACUGGUCAGCAUUGUCAAGCGGAGAAAUAAAAUGGAGAAUCUUGUGUGAUUGUUAUUUUGCACAACAGUAAGGAAGCUGUUGUCUAAAAGUGUGUUUCAAGCUAGCUUCGGCACGAUUUGCUGACCGAUUCUACAUCAGCACAACGCGCCAACCGUACUCGGGAAGGAAUUCAACGCGUUUACGACCAUUUUAACGCGUCCUACAACGUGUCGCCCUGGAAACGCCAAAGCCACCCCCUUUCCGCCCCUCGCGAGCAGAGUAGUUGGGUUUUGUGCGAGGGAGAAAAGUCGCAGGAAAACGACCCGCGCCUAGCUGCAGGUGUGUGUGUGUUUGUGCGAAAGGAGGUGGGGAAGAAAAUUAUUAGAAUCAUCAAAUUCGCUGUUCCGGUCCUGCCAUCACGGCCAGUCACGUUGUGUCGCCUCCUUGCCACGCUAGAGAGUGUGUCGCCUGUGUUUAUGUACCUCGUCUCCCGCCCCCACCAGCCCCUCCUUCCCUUCUCCAAAGCUGCUGUGUGUGGUGUUGUGCGGGGGUUUGAAUAAGACAGGGAGGGAUUGAAGCGCACAAGAAGUGGCACACAAACAUACAAUCGCGCCCCAUUCGCCGUUCUAGCCACACGCAUACACACCCGCGCACACACACACACCUCCCACCUAGCAUGGAAAACGAUGCACCACCAUUCGUGUGCCGCGCUGCAGGCGAAAGCCCGCUCCAGUGGUUAGGAUGAUGCUGCUGCUGCUGCUGCCGUGAUGAGAAAAGAAAUAUGCAUUACCACGCCGUGCCCCGGAUCGCUGCGUGGAGGCUCGUAGAGGUGGGCAACGUCAUAGGCGUCGCUGGAUUGCGUGCGUAAAUGCGUGCGCGUUCGUGCAUCCCUCCGGAGAGCGUGGUUGGCGCAAUGCAAAGGUGCAUGAAAGGCGCUUCCCGUAGCCAUGCCAGCGAAUCUGGCACAGAGACGAUCCAUGCAUACAAACAAACAAAAAAAAACUCUUGAACGAAAAGUGUUGAGUGCGUGAAAUAUACCGUUUAGUGUGAAGAAAAAACACUUACAUAAACUCGCGAUAAACCCGUGUUCUUGUGUGCGUGCGUGCGUGUUAGUGUGAGUGAGUGAACUGAGUAUCCUGUAGGAUUGGCAGUGCUUUCUGGAUUGUAUUUUGUGGCCGUACCGGAACUAAAAGCACCAUCUUCGAAUCGUAUCCGUGCGUAGCGUGCUGUGCUAGCUCUGGUCUGUUGGUGGUGGUGGUGGGCUCACCAACAGCGCGCACUGAUACGAUUUCAGUGGAUGGGAAAAGGGUCUACUUUAAUCCACGGACCAGAAUGAAGGAGAUGGUCGGUGGAUGUUGUGUCUGUUCAGACGAUCGCGGCUGGUCGGAAAAUCCGCUAGUGUACUGCGAUGGUCAAAGCUGUGCCGUGGCCGUGCACCAGGCGUGCUACGGAAUCGUGACCGUGCCGAGUGGUCCUUGGUACUGUCGGAAGUGUGAGAGUCAGGAGCGUCCGGCUCGGGUGCGCUGCGAGCUGUGCCCGUCCCGCGAUGGGGCGCUCAAGCGGACGGACAACCAGGGAUGGGCGCAUGUCGUCUGCGCCCUGUACAUUCCCGAGGUGCGUUUCGGGAACGUGACGACGAUGGAGCCGAUCAUCCUGCAGCUGAUCCCGCAGGAGCGAUACAACAAGACAUGCUACAUCUGUCAGGAUAUGGGCAAGGGGUCCCGUGCGAACGUAGGAGCCUGCAUGCAGUGCAACAAAUCGGGCUGCAAGCAACAGUUUCACGUCACCUGCGCCCAGCAGCUCGGCCUGCUGUGUGAAGAAGCUGGCAACUAUCUGGACAAUGUAAAGUACUGCGGCUACUGCCAGCACCACUACAGCAAACUGAAAAAGGGAGGCAAUGUGAAAACGAUCCCACCCUACAAACCCAUCAGCCACGAGGCCAACUCGAGCGAUGGACCGUCGUCGCCGGAAAAGGAAAUGGAACCGCCCCCACCCCAGCAACACUCCAGCAGCAGUGCGGCCGGAUCAGGUGGAACCGGUGGAGGUGGUGGCGGUGGUGGUGGGGGUGGUGGUAGUGGGGCCGGUGGCAGCAGCAGCUCGAGCAGUGGGCUCAAGGCCAGCAGCCGGUUGUCGGGCGAACCGAGCGUCGGCGGCUCAUCGUCUACCUCUUCCUCGUCAUCGUCCUCCUCCUCCAAGCAGCGCAAGUCCUCGAGUGCGUCGAAAAGUUCGAGCGGAUCGGGCUCCGGCGCAUCGCUUUCGUCGUCCUCCUCGUCCUCGGUGCUGGCGUCCGGCGGGGGUGGUGGUUCCGGGGCCAGCGGAUCCGGUGGUAUGUCCGGCAACUCCUCCAUGUCCACCUCAUCGUCUUCGUCCUCUUCGUCGGGCGUUUCAAGCAUGUCCGGUAGCGGAGGCAGCGGUAGUGUGAGCAACAGUGGUGGCAGUGGAAUCGGUGGCUCGGGCAUUGCCGGAAGUGUGGGCGGCAGUGGUUCCAGCAAGACCAGUUCCGGCUCGUCCGGCGGAACUGGUGGUGGCGGUAGUUCGGGCAGCAGUUCGAAGGAAAAGGAUAAAUAUAGUAAAAGUCGUGACAAAAGCUCGAAAUCAUCGAAAUCAUCGAGCAGUAGCAGCACGAGCGGAGGAAGUGGAAGCAAUUUUAACAAUAGUACAAGUACAAGCAGUUCUGCCGGUGGCAGCUCCAGCCAAUCGAAGGAUGUCGACAUGGGUGGGACGGCCGGUUCUUCUUCCGGGUCGAUGGGUGCGCUGGGUGCGAAUGCGUCCUCGCAAUCUUCAUCGCAAAGUGGCUACUCGUCGACCGCAGGCGGUGGCGGCAGUGGACCCGGAGGUAGCUCCAGCAGCAGCAGCGGCAGCAGCAGCAACUCCUCCAGCAAACAUCAUUCUGAUAAGCCCGAUAAAGGAAGUGGCGGUGGUGGUGGCAGCAGUCAAGGUGGUGGCCCUCUGUCAACGAAUAGCGGCGUCGGAUCGGGACGGGCGGCUUCCCUCUCCCCGGCAGCGAUUCCGACGACGCUCAUCAUUAAGCCGCCGCAGGACCACACCGGUGGCAGCGGGAAGGAACCACUGUCCAAGGAAGCGAUUGCAAAAAUGAGCACCUCGAGCAACUUCACCGAAACGAUCGUCGUCAAUUCGGAGUCGGUGUUCAAUCAUGCCGGCUCGGGUAGCGGGAACGCUGGUUCCACGUCCGUGAUCGAGAGCGGCAAGCUGGCGAUGGGAGGGUCGGGCGGGGCGAGCAGCGGUGGCUCGGGCGGUUCGUACGGUGGCAGCACGGGCCCCACAGGUGGAUCGUCCACCGGGAGUAGUAGUAGCAGUAGCGGCGGCAAGAAGCGAAAGGCCGAUGCACGCUCGACAUCAACAUCGUCGGUCAGCAGUAGCGAGAUGCUGGAUGCUAACCGUGACCUGAUUAGGGACGUUGCCGUAUCGCUUGUGCCAUUGUCGCUGAGUAAAAACGAUCACAUUGAUCCGUCGUCGAUCGCAGCACACGAGAAGAGUGUGAAGAAGGCGAAAACCGAAACCAGCUCCCCGCUGCCCCAUCCGGCAACGGCGUUGCCAGCGCCGGAACCGAACCUCCAAAAUGUCACACCCAACCUCAUCCAGUCGGCGCACACAUCGAGCAUCAUCUCAUCCGCUUCAUCGUCUUCAGCGUCCUCCUCCUCCUCCGGCAAGCAUCAGCAACAGCAGCAACAGCAGCAACACCACCAUCAUCAGCCAACGCCUCACUCGCCUCAGCAGCCAGCGUCGUCGCAGCACACACCGAGCCUGGUGGUGUCGGUACCGCUGUCUACGGCUACCGUACCUGGAGUUAAUCUACCCGCUAGUAACAAUAGUAACAGUAGCAGCCAUACCGGCAGUAGCAGCAGCAGCAGCAGCAGUAGCAACGUUAAUCAUAGCGCUAGUAGCAAUAGCAACAGUACACCGAACAUUGUCUCACCAGGACAUCACCAAGGUAGCGAUCGAGGUGGCGGCGGCGGCGGCAGCCACAUCAACAACAACAACAACAGCAAUAGUAACAGUGGUGGCAAUAGCAACUUGUACCAACAGAUUUCACACCGGGCAGGUGAUCAGUUGAUGAAUGCCAGCACGAACCGCUCUAGUCCCGUGAUCCAGCAGCAAUCGACGGCUCAGAACAUCAUUCAGUCGUCUUCGUCGUCCUCCUCCACCGCCGGUUCCUCGUCGUCGUCCACAUCCGGCCCUUCGAUCGGUCACCAUCAUCUCGAACGGCAGUCACCGUCGAUGCGCUCGUCCCCGGCCGGCGUGACGACCGGUGGUGCCAACGUUAUAACCUCCCUGCACCACAGCCAGUCACAGCAGCCGGAUCUGCUUUCGCCUGCGGGCGGCGGCGCUACGGUGCUGCAAAGUGUGUCGCCCGUGCCGAUGAGUACGAUCCAACGCACCUCCUCACCGUCGACACUGCACGCGGGUGACAAUAGCAGCAGCGGUGGCGGCGGCGGAGGAUUAAAGUUUGGCUACGAAAAGCAAGCGCCUACGACGAACGCACGGAUAGCGGCCCUGCAGGAGGAGGAAGCGUCCACCGGCCGGCGGUCCAGGUACGGAUCACACUCGCGAGAACGUAGUGGUGGCAAUGGUGGAAACAACUCUACCGGUGGUGCCGGUAACACCGGCGUCGGUGGUGGUGUUUCUAGUGGUGGUAGUGGUGGUGGUGGAAAAACUCGUACAUCCAAAAAGCGUUCACAGCAACAGCAGCAACAACAGCAGCAACAACAACAACAGUCCCAAUUACCACCAGAUCGUGGAUCACCUUCGAUCGGGAUAGAAUCCUCAGCAAGCGGUGGAUCGCAUCGCCGUGGGUCGUCUCCAUCACCUUCACGACGUUCUUCCCAUGGCGGUGGUGGCGGUAGUGGGCAGUCCUACUCGUACGGACCGGCCGUGGAUCGUAAUGUCGAUGACCACUCACCAUCACAGUAUCAUCCAUCGUCGUCCGGUGGUAGUAAUGCGCCCGCGGCCGGCGGUAACAAUGCCAGCAACAAUGGUAGCGUGCUCUCGAUGGCAGCAGGAACCGGAUCCGCCACAGCGUCGGUGGUCGUGGGAAACUCUUCCUCCCAGAACAGCCACCAUCAUCAACAUUUGACACCUCACCAGCAGCAGCAACAACAACAACAGCAACAUUCUCACCACCAUCACCACCACCAGCCGCAGCAGCAGCAGCAGCAGCACCAUCACCAACAGCAUCAUCAACAUCACCAACAUUCGCACCAUCAGCAACAUUCCGCUGCGAUGGGCGACAAGCUUUCGUCGGGCGGUGGUACUUCUGCCGCACCGUCGUCGCUUCACUAUUCCACGGGCAGUUCGCAUUCUGCUUCGUCGCAGCAUUCAUCUAGUGCAAUUGCAAACAGUAACGCUUCGAAUGUAACAUCUACCAUUUCAUCUGUCGCUUCCAAUACCGGGCCUGGGGCUACUGCUGCUGCUGCUGCUGCCGCUGCUUCUGUUGCCACAUCUUCAAUCGCUUCAAUGUCUGCUUCCUCUUCUACUUCCUCUACUGCCCACUCUAACAAUUCUUCCACUUCUGCUGCUGCCAGGAACGAUGGUGGAUCAUCGUCCGCCGGUGUACAUCCGGUCAUCGAAAUGGCGGGCAGUCACGGUGGAUCACAGAGCUACCAGCACCAGCACCACCACCACCACACUAGUGGUGGGAUCAUUUCCGGCUACUCUCAAAACGCUAGCAGCAACAGUAGCGCCAGUAUUAAAUCUCAUCAAAACACCAAUAACGGUAGCAACAUGGAAAGCUUUCACCAACAGCAGCAGCACCACCACCAUCAUCAACAACAACAGUAUCACGGAGGCGGUUCUGGUUCGCACAGUGUGCUGUCGGGCAGUGGCAACAGCGGCAACAGUAGUAUUAGUAUUAGUAGCAACAGUAACAACCUUAGUAGCAAUAAUAACACCUCCACUAUCACUACCACCACCACUACCAACACCACAAACAUCACCACCACCAGCAACAGCAGUAGCAAUAGUGGCAACAACAGUAACAGUAAAAACACCACCAUCAUCAGUAGCAAUAGCGGCAACCUGAGUGGCACCGCCGGCAACAGUAAUACUAACAACAGCACCGGAAGCAACCAUAAUCUAUCUAACAGUAGCAGCAGCAGCAGUAGCGGCGGUACCAUCGUAACAGCGGCUGCCAAUCCGAACAAAAAGCACCGGGGGGCUUCGCAUCAUCCAUCAAUCGUUGAACUUUCGCCAUCGCCAUCUACUUCCAGAACGCCGGAAAUGAUCGUAUCCAGCGGCGGUGUCCCUUACAGCAUGAGCUCGACGAUGACGGCGGCCUCUUCCUCGUCGUACGGUGGUAGUUCCGGUGGAGGAGGAGGAGGGCUAAAGUUCUCGUACGAGGCUCAGCCCACGAACCCGUUGGCCGCAGUAUCGACCGCAUCGAUGAUGGGCAGUAGCGGCAGCGUGAUUGCGGCCCCGCAGGUCAAGGAUUCUCCCCCGAGCUCGCCCGGAUCGGAUGCGGGCGGCAGUACCGCCGGCACAGCGAUCGUUAGCGGUCGGGGAACGAAACGCAACCGUAAGAUGUCUUCAAAUGCGGCGGCCGUGAACAGUGGUGCCGGGGCAGUGCCAACGACAUCGGUAGCAGGACAGACCGGUGGACCAUCGAUUGUGCCGGCUUCGAUCGUGGCUGGUGGAAGCGCCGAUGCCAAGGAUGGCAAACUGUUUCAGAACGGAGGCAGCAGUAGUGCGGCCGCCGGCGGUUCGGUCGUGUCGGCUACCCAUAUGUUGGGUAAUCAGCUGAAUCCGAGCAGUAGCGUGGCGCAGAAAAUGUCCGACCAGCUGAGCAUGGAGAUCGAGGCGCACGCGUACGUACCCGGUCCGAUCGAUGCGGUGCCGACACUGAUGGGACCACAGUUCCCGGGAAAGAAUCGCACAAACAAUUCCCAAUCGAUGCCUGUGGGAGCGGGAGGUGGCGGUAACUCGUUAAGCUCGAUGCUAACGGGCGGUGCUACGGCGACGGCGAACGGGAACACUCCGCAAAGCUUGGAGCAACUGCUGGAGCGGCAAUGGGAACAAGGAUCUCAGUUUCUUAUGGAACAAGCGCAACACUUCGACAUUGCCUCUCUGCUGUCCUGUCUCCAUCAGCUGCGGAGCGAGAACAUUCGGCUGGAAGAGCACGUCAACAAUUUGGUCGCACGAAGAGAUCAUCUGUUAGCGGUCAAUGCUCGUUUGGCUAUACCGUUGAACCCUACGGCGGCGCUGGGCGGUGUUGGAAUGAUCGGAGGAUCGGGCGGAUCGGGUCCCGGUGCCGGCGGGGCAGCGACCGGUGGCGCCGGUGUCGGUGGUGCUGGUAUCGGAUCUCUGCCAGGGCAAUUCAACAACAUCCACGGCAAUGGGCCAAUCGAUGCCAAUGUAAUCACCAACGCGUCGGCAGUGUCGAACCGAUCUAGCAGGGGGCAGCACGGACCGAACCAGCAGCAACCCGGCCAGCAGGGUCCGGCCGGCCACUUUGGGUCCGUGGUGGGGAGUAAUGCGAGCGGUGGUGGUCUGCCCCAGGAGAAUGGUAUCGAUUUCCGACACACGAACUCCUCGCAUCCGGCCACAAACAGUGCAUCGAUAAGGCGCAACUCUCCUUCAAGCCAGCCGUUCCCAUCAGCUACUACUGCAACUGGUGGUGGUGGCGGUGGUGGAACCACACGGGGGGCGCCCUCCACUAAUUCGUCCUCAGCGAACAACAGCACGGUCCAAGUGCAGGCAACGGGGGGCACUGGUUCGGGUGAGCCGGUUCUCCCUUCCACCACCGGUACUACAGGUCGUUCGAGCACGCUGCGACCAUCUUCCGGCCUAGCCAAUGUAUCGUCCACUGGUAGCAACAGCAGCACCGGCAGUAGCAGCAGCAACAAUAGCAACAGUAUUUCAACCGGCAACGGACCGACGCCGGCCAUCGGUGGUGGCGCAGGGCUGAAUAGUUCCACCGUCGGUCCACCAGCGGGAACAUAUCAUCAGGCGACGCGUGAACAACAACAGCAAACGAUCUACAACACGGCACACCAGCCUACACACCAAUUACGCCGAGACGAUAUUCCGCUCUUGCUCGAGCACCAUCAGCAGGAACAUUUGCAUCAUCAUGCCCAUUCCCAACCCUCCCACCACCAGCAACAGCACCACCACCACCACCAGCCUCCUGUAGCUUCUCUUCCUCCUCUUCCUCCACUACCUCCAACGCAGGCUCCUUUACAUCUUCACCCAUCGGUGACCGGCACAGCGGCCACGCUGCCACCGUCUUCGCAAGGACAUUCGCAACAGAACCAUCAGCAUCAUCAUCAACAGCAGCAACAAUCGAGCAGCAGCAGCAGCAGCAUUAUGCCACAAUUAAAUCAUCCCUCAUCGCCUCAAGUGUUGGUGAGUCGGGUGGGAGUGGCUCCAGUAACCUCCAGCUCCAUCCGAACCGCUCCCACUGCAGCAGCAGCAGCACACGUACCUCCUCGCUCCGUAAGCAGCAACCAUCAUCAUCAUCAUCAACAGCAGCAGCAGCAACAGCAGUCCCACCACCAUCCUCAACAUCACCACCAUCAUCUCCAUCAGCACGCUUCCCAUCCGUAUAUGCACGGGAACCAUCUGCAGCAGCAUCGUUCAGCGUCCCCACCACCAACCGGAAGCGGUCACGGACCGACGACCCAUCCACAUCAUCAGCUGCAACAUCACCACGGAACGCUGAACUCGAUCGAUGGGCCGAUGGCCGGUCGGGGAGCAGCUAUUACUACCACCCCACCACCACCACCAGCACCCUCUCAGCCGGCAGUAGUGGUGGUGGAUCGGAUGAUGUCCGGUCACUCCCAUCGGCCGCCAGCUCACUAAGACGGUGUGCGCAGGUGGUAAGCUUCAUCGAUCGAUUCAUACAAACGAACGGGAAGUGCCGGCGGAUCGGUGGUACGGCAGCGGCGGCAGCAGGCCGUGUUGCUGCGGUCAGCAAACUGUCCGCCUCGAACCCGGCCUGGCGACGUGCGACCGGUGAAAAGUACAAAGAUUUUUCCAUCGAUUUUAUACUGGGCUGUCGUAGUGGUGGUGGUGUUGGUGAAGGACGAUCGUCAGCCCUGGCAGGUUCGUCGUCUUCAUCCCUAACACAGUACCGGAGCAGUGGUGCGGCGAUGGUUGGGAGCUCCAGCAGCAACAACAGCAGCAGCAGUAGUGACGAUGACGAAGAUGAUGAGAACGAUGGCGAUGAAGAGGAUGAUGAGUACGAUAAUGAUGGUGAUGAUGAGACGGAUGAUGAUGAUGAUGAUGAGAGUUGAAGAUCGUUUGUUGGGAUUUAAGAGUGUGUUACAACACUACCAGCCUGUUGCUGGUUAGGGUUAAAUGGCGUAAAACCACAAACAGGAUUAUAUUUCUAUCUCCUUCUAUAGAGUUCGGAUAGGUCGAGGACGAAAUCUUAACGUCCUGUUUCCACUCUCUGUCUCUAUGCUCUCUAACAAUCUAUCGAUAUCUACAUCCCUGCUGCUAUCUGUAGUCCGUAGGGAUCGGUUUUACUGAACAAAAACAGGGGGGAUGGAAAUGCACAAUAUUUAAACCAUGCUGUACAUAUACACCUAUAAAGAAUUAUUAACACAAGGAUCGCACACGGUGAAGAAUCUCACCCCGCAUCAAGGUAGGCGUGUUGUAUUUGCAGAUAGAGGAAAUUACUUUUACGCGCGACCCCGUUUGCAGUAGCGUGCAAGCGGUUAGAGGAAGGCUUGUUGUAAUAGGGUAUAUUAACGAACGAAUUUUAAAACGCAAGACAUAUUGAAACAUAUUGCCUAAGUUUGAGCGGAUGGUGUUGCUAUUUCUGUAUCUAUUUUGUGCGAGGGGGGGCAUUUAGUUUUUGGGUUUAGUUGCAAUGCAAUGCUUUGGUGUGGUCGUCCCUGUUGUUUUUGGGAGUAAGCGCACGACAUUUACAAGGACGCAAGGAUGCACGAUGGGGCAAAGUAAACACUCAGGUACACUCAACACGGCAGCAAAUAUCUAAAAAAAAGCUCUCUAAAGGAAUGUAGACAAUGUAGAGAAAAACAGCAAAAUGGCGCAACGGGUGACACGUGCGAAGCAGCAGUCGUUUUUUGAUCCAUUUCACUAGUUACUAUUGACGUUUUGUAGCAUUUUUUGUUUGGUUUUGUUUUUCGAAUGGUGUAUUAUUACGAUCAGUGUGUGUGGUAUGUUUAGGUACAACUUUCUACCUUCUCCAGAUUUCUGGUCCAAUAUUUUUGUCUGAUUUUUGUGAGCGAAGUGAAGUGUAUGUCCUCCCUCUUCUACCACUCCUUCUCCAACCCAUUCACUUGCGAAGUCUAUUUCGCGGCUAAUUAGAGAGGGCCAAACAAAUGUGUGUACGGUGGUGGUGUAGUAGGAGAGCAUGCAUUAGCAAUGCGAGUAACGAGACACACACUAACACACAUACACACAAAGAAAUAAAUUUCGAGACCUGCAAGUUUAAGCUACGAUAUUUAAAACCAAAUCUCAUAAACAAUACAAUAGAGUACACAGUAGUCGGCGAGGACGCACGUAGGAAACAAACGUUGGGGUGUGAAAGAGGGAGAAAGAUGAUUCCCACGCCUACUGAGCGAAAUAAAACCUCUUAACACAAUGCAGAGUAAUCCAAUCAGAGUAGAGUUUGCUCCAGCGGCUUUUGUCCUGGUAGGUGCUGUAAAGCUUAAAGAAAGUGGGUAACCGUGGAAGUAGUGGCACAGAAAAAGCGUUCUGCAGAGAGGACAUUACAAAAGGUGAAGAACGGCAACCGAUCGAUCUGGAAGGUGGGAAGGACGGGAAGAAUUGAACAAAAGGACAUAAUGUAAAAGUAAUCGAUUUAAUAAAUAUUUGACAAAUUCA